UGAACUACCAGUACGAAUUCGUGCCGUUGUUAAACGUUAACAGAAAUCGGUCAAUGGACAAAGUGAAAAAGUUGUGGAUUUUGUUCCGUUUCUGAUUUGUUUCAUGUGAGAAUUGGCCUUAUCGACACUUUUUCCCUUAUUAGAGCCAUCACAGUGUAACAAUCUCAUCAUUUCGAGGAGCCAAUUGACGAAAAGAAGUUAAUUGUGCACAUAUACUGAAGAAAAAGACUCAGUGUGAUGUUAAUUUAACAAUUGAAGGAGAAAAUCUAUUGUUAAUUCUCAGUUAAUGCAGUGUCAAAAAAUAGAAACCGAUUGUCAAAAUGGAUGAAACCUUGCUUUUAAAUAAGUCCAUCCAGGAUAACGGUGUGCUGCCUAAUCUGCAGAACAACUUACUUGCAUUGGAUUUAAUGCGAAAGAGUGGUAGUGAUGUUGAGAAUGAGUCUAUGUUGGUAAAAUACUCUCCCGAACCUUCAAUUAUUAAAUCGAUCGAGAGUCAUAGUUUCCUCAACAAUACAAGUUUAGAAAGCAUCUUUCCACGUGGAUGCCAAGAUAAUAGAUUAUGGGCUAAAAGUUUAAAAGAUUCACUUAAUUUAUCUAAAACAGGAAACAAUAGCAUGAACGAAACACUUAAAACUAGCCCUAAGAAUGCAAUGAGGAGGAAAUUGGAGAACAAGCAUAAAAUGGAUCUCACUGUCAAUCUCACUUUUAAUGAUACAGAUAAAGAAAUAUCUUUGUCUGAAAGUAGUAGCAAAACAAAUCCUUUCGUGAAACUUGCAAACUGUAAGAAAUAUUCAGUGAACCUCAACCUCAAUGAUACGGAUAAAGAAAUAUCUUUGUCUGAAAGUGGUAGCAAAACAAAUCCUUUCGUGAAACUUGCAAAUUGUAAGAAAUAUUCAGUGAACCUCAACCUCAAUGAGACGACACAGCUUUCCUCUGAUGUUUUGGGCACCAUUUCAAGUGCUGAAAACUCUUUGUUGUCAGAGAAACCCAGUGAAAAUGUAUUUAAGACAUUAAACAAUAUUAAAUAUUCACCUGUCAUCGACCUAUCACUAACAGAAAACAGCGAGAUUGAGGAGGAAGUAAGGCAUCCAAUCUUAGCUUCAAAUGGAAGAAGAAGUAAAAAAUAUUCUGUCAAAUUUGAUCUCGAUUCAAGCUGUGAUUCUUCAAAAAAUAAAACAGUUCACACCAAUAACUUUUCCAACUUGAAAAAUGAAGAUGAACAGUUUGAUCUCAUUACUAAUAAAAAAAUAAUUGAUUUAAAAGAGACCCGUCAUGAUGAUACAACAAAAGACAAAGAAAAUCAAAGCUUCCAAAUUGAAACUCCACCAUGCGACAGUAGAAGAAAUGGCAAAGUCCGUUCAUCGUCGCGGAAGCCCAAAGGGAAAAAUAGUAAUCAAAUCGGAUCUGCCACUGAUGAUCAUAAAAUCAACGCUUCAAUUGUUAAUAGUACAAAAGAUGAAAGUCAAACAACAAUGAAUACAGAGAAUGUUCCUACGUCCACAAUUGAAUGCGUUGAACCAUCUCCACGAAUAAAUAAAACUGAACUUGAAAAAGAAAAAAGUGUAGAUCAUAAGGCAGAAGAGACCAAGCUUAACAAAAGUAAGUCUUCUAAAAAAAAAUCCCUUCAAAUUAAUACUAACUCUGCAGAUCAUGUAGGUAUCAACAAUGAGUCACAAACUGAACGGUGUGUGGUAGAGUGCGACCAGAUAGUGACUCAUGAAAGGUCUUUAUCAGAUAACUUAUUACAAAAUCCUGUUGAAAAGCCAUUCCAAAAUUGUUUGGAUACGUCAAAUGUUGAAAUAUCCACAAAUGUAGACAGUCUGAAUGUAACAUUGAAAGUUCCAUUGGAUCCUAAAGGUAAAAGUAAGGAACAUUCAGCAAUAGAAGUUGAACAAUCUGGUUUGGAUGUGAAACACAACUCAAAUGUAGGAGAACUGACAUCAGACCACAACUAUACAGUUAAUCUACAAGGAAAAAACAUAAAAGCACCUAACGAUAACAUCAAGGAAAAUAUUUUGAAGCAAUUAGAAGAAGGCAAAAAUGAUAUUGUCACUGCUCGUCCAGAUGACUUGGCUCACAAAGAUGUAUCCAGUGUCCCUGUCAAAAAAAAUCUGCCUAAAAAUAAGAAAAAAAAAUCUGCAAAGGUUGUAACAGAAGAUAUUUCAUCAAGAAAAACCGACAGUUCUUUGGAAACAACACAAAUGUCACAGAUAACUGAUAUUACAUUGAAUGUUUCAUCUUACGAGUCUCUUGACGUAAGUUUAGAUGCACAGGAAUCAUACACACAAAAAGAAUGCUUGGCAUAUCAUAGCUCUCCCAUGUACAAAUCUCGAUCUAAAAUUUUAAACACUUUAGACCAAGAAGUCAAAUGUAUUUUAAAGAAAGAUUCAAUGGAGUAUGUAGAAACUCACGUAAUGGAUUAUGUCCAAAGUGAUAGUUUUGAUUUGGAUGAUUGUCCAAUGGAAAGGCCUAAAUUGGUGGAGAAAAAUGAUAGCUUUAGACUAGUGGAAAAUUGUUCUAACCCCUUUUUUCCAAAUAUAAACGAAGUGGAUAACUCUUCCCAAGUGGAAAUCCCCUAUUUGUCCAAAACAAUCAUCGAUGAAUUGGAUUCUACAAGUACAGAGAGCAAUUUGGUAGUGGAAAACCAACAAGAGUUAAAUUUAAUUAGAUCGUCGCUAGAAAACAAUAAGGAAUUGCAAGAUGAAAAUGAAAGAGAAAAUGUUAUUAGUAUACCAAGUAAAUGUACAAUUGAUGACAAUGACGAACACGCAAAUGACUGUUCCAGUGGAGUUAAAACACUAUCACUAGAAAAUAAUAAUGAAGUAUGUUUGCAAACUGAAAGUCAAGUAGAUGUAAUUAGCAUACCAAAAUUUGAUGACAAUAAUAAAGAAGUAAAUGAUGGUUCUAAUAAAGUUAAAACUCCGUCUUCUUCAAAACAAACGACUUUUGAACAAACGAACAAUACAAAUUUUGAAAAUAGUCAAACUAAAAACAAGGAAAAUGAUUGUAGGGUGGGCAUGGAAGAGCAGCAAAAAACACAAAAGAUGAGCCAGGAGUUUGCCACUGCCGAUUUAUUGGAAGAUGAUCUACAACAUUCAAAUGGUACAUCGCAAAUUGCUGUAGUUGAAUCAAUACCUGAAGUAAUAAAUGAAAAAUUAGUCCAGAGAGAUAUCCCACAAAAUGCUGAAAAAGGUGAACAACAUAUAACUGAAUCAGAGUCAGAUGUUAAUUCCCAUUCAGGCAAAAGUAAACAAUCAAAUUCUCAAUUUAAGCUUGUCGAAGAUAAAAGGAUGUCAGCGGACGAUGAAAAUGACCAUGUGACAACUCUCAUUGAAAAUAAUCUUCCUGGCAAAGAUAACAGUUUCAAUUUCACCAUAGCCAGUGAGCCUUCAAAACAAGUGUCUUCACACAAAUCGAAGACAAACACGACAAAUGAGGCAGUUAAUGAAACCACUCCUGCAAAAAGGACUCGUAGUUCCACUAGAAAGUCCAAGAUGAGUGACAUAACAAUAAACGUGAAUGAUAAAUUAGCCCAGAAAGAUAUUCCUCAACAAGCUAAAGAAGGUGAACGACUCAUAACUGAAUCUGAGUCAGAUGCCAAUUCCCAUUCAGGAAACAGUAAACAAUUGGAAUCCCAAUUUAUGCUUGCUAAAUGUUCAAUGGUGUCAGCAAAUGAUGAAAAUGGCCAUGUUACAACUCUCGUUGAAAAUAAUCUUCCUGGCAAAGAUAACAGUAUUAAUUUCACAAUAGCCAGUGAGCCUUCAAAACAAGUGUCUUCACAAAAAUCGAAGAUAAAUACGACCAAUGAGGCAGUUAAUGAAACCACUCCUGCAAAAAGGACUCGUAGUUCCACUAGAAAGUCCAAGAUGAGUGACAAGUCAAUAAACGUGAAUGAUAAAUUAGCACAGAAAGAUAUUCCUCAACCUGCUAAAGAAGGUGAACAGCAUAUUACAGAAUCAGAGUCAGAUGUUAAUUCCCAUUCAGGAAAUAGUACACAAUCAAAAUCCCAAUUCAAGCGUGUUAAACGUUCUAGGAUGUCAGCGGACGAAGAAAAUGGCCAUGUAAGAACUGUUGUUGAAAAUAAUCACCCUGGCAAAGAUGACUCUAUCAAUUUUGCAAUACCCAGUUUGCCUUCAAAACGAGUGUCUUCACGGAAGUCUAAGGCAAAUACGACAAAUGUGGCAGUUAAAGAAACCAAAACUCCAACAAAAAGGAAUCGUAGUUCCACUAGAAAAUCCAAGACGAGUGACAAGACAAUAAGCAAUCUGUCAUACGACAGCUCACUUGAUGUCAGUUCUAUUAACCAAUCAUUCCCUCAUAAAAAAGUUCUCAUAUAUCAUAGUACACCUUUCCACAAAGUCCCGAUCAAACAGUCCUAUCGGAAAGCAAUAUAUCAAGCGGAUAAUGUAGAUAAUGGGGUUGGGCAGAGCAACAGCCGUAGAAGCACAAGAAGAAAUAUAUCUGUUGAUCAGAAUAAUUGCAUCGAAUCGAUUUACAAUCAUGACAAAUCAUCUGUUAAUGAACAGUUUUGUACAUCAUCUACUAGGUCAAAGUCAAGAAGUUCUCAGCAAAAAAAUUCACUGUUGGAAACUAAAGACAGUUUUACUGUAAGCAACAGUCAAGGUGACUUUGAUGCAACAAGCAUAGACAGUAAUAAUUCUCUUAAUUUAAACAGUAAAUCGAUAAUAAGCCAACCACCUCACCUGGACCCAAUUGAAAAACACAUGCUGAAAAUAAAAACUGCAUUAAACAAGAACAAAAGAAAACAGGAUAGUGUGUUUGACUCUAAAGAGAUAACAUCAAAGAAGAGAAAAAUGGCAAAUACUUUCACAUUGCCGAAAUUGUAUAAGCCUGCAAAAUGGGUCAACAAGCGUUUAUAUCAGUUUUUAGAAAAGUCUUUGUCUGAUAAGUAUAAAUUAGAGGCUCGGAAAGUAUCAGAAGAAUUUGUAAUCACUCUUUACCAUACAUACACACUUGUCAUUCAUGGUCACACUGAGCCGUCGCUUUCAAACUUGAAAGCAAAACUAAAGGAACUUGGCCUCUGCCGCACUCAACUCGACUUCUUUUUGUUCGUGAUAAAUUACAUGCCCUUCAACUUUCGAAAACUUGUUGUUCCCCUCAGUGGCGCUUACAACACUCCAAUUCAACCCAAAAUAUUACCUUUCGACGAAUUGUGAGUUUUUUCUCUCAUACCCAAAACUCAGUUUUAUUAUGUAAAAAAUAUGUAAUCAGUUUUGUUUUCUUAGCACUUAUAGAGAAUUUUAAAUAGUGUACAAUGUUAUUACAAUAAUAAAUUUUAUGUUCUAUAUAAUUCAACAAAUAAACAAGUAGAUUUAAAUUUAUUCACCUUCCAUAAAACAAACUAAAAAAGGUAACAUUACAAAAAUAAUGUUUUUUCCAAUGAAUUCAAUUAAAGACGUGGUUCUUGCCACAUUAAACAGACUGGCCCUAAGACCAAGGGCUAACUAUAUCCCUAGUGCUUAUGUGGAUACCUAGACAUGUAACAUUGUAGGAAAUUAAAAUGCCAAGUUGGCAAAAGGUGCCACAGUUAGACUCAGUUCACACACAUGUGAUUGGUAUGAGAUAUUGGUAUCAAGGAGAAUUUAUAGGGACAAAUACUGUCAUUCAAAUGGGGAGACUGGCAGGCGGCCGGUAUGAAAUAGUGACUUUUAGUCGCUUAAUAAUUUUCCUGUAUGAAGGUGACUGCUGGGACAUUGCGUGGAAUGGUGUCAUUCACUCACUUCAUACUGUAUCGAGCAGAUUGUUCCGUCCGAAUCUUGUUUUCAUACGCCUUGGUAACUUUAAAAAAUGGAUAUAAAUGACAUUUUUGAUGACAAACAAAUUUCAUUAGUUCAAACAUAAAAAAACUACAUAAAAUAAAAACAGAAGGAUAUAACCUAAUGUAUAAAUAGGUAGAUGUAGAUAUAUUAGUUGGAGUGUGUAUUAUACACCUUUUAAGAACUGCUGUAUGCCAUCAAUAUCAUAUUACAUUCUGUCAUUGUUACUGAGAGAAAGAGAGAGGCCAAUGGCCAUUUUCAACAGCCCAGGCAUUUAGAUUCUUUUGGAUACAUGUAAUUGAGAAUUGCAGGUUAUGAGGUAAAAAGGAGAGGUAGAUUUGGAAGUCAACUGCACAGAGGUGAUAGGUGCAAUAUUUAAGAAUAUUAAGAUCAUUAAUAUAAUAACAAAAGAAGGAGACAUAAACUGGAGCCUUGAGGAACACCAGUAAUGUCCUAUCCUCCUGGGAUGAGGACCUAUUCCUAUUUGUGAACGGGCUGAGAGGAGGGAAUGAAACCAUCGAAGAGUAUUGUAGGAGAAGGAAAGACAAGUUUAGAGAGAAGAGAAUGGUUUAUGGUGUCAAAGCUUUUGGGAAAAUCAAGAACAAGAAUAUACAUCUGAACUUAAGAAAAUAUUUUUAAAAUAGCCAAACUCAUAGAGAAACCAGGUCAAAAGUCAGAUUGAAGCAUGAUUAGAACGGAAAUCUUUGGGACAGGAGGGUUGAGAGACUUUAUUUAGCGGUUUGACCAAAUAUUACUUCAAGGAAAAUUUAUAAAUAUAAAGGAGUACGGGAUGAUUGGAAGACAGGCCUUGAUAAAUUUUACUGGUAUCCUGUCUGAAUCCAGUUUUGUCUAAUACUCAUGGUGUUUAUUAAUUGUGUUGGGCAAGAUGUAAGUAAAAUAAAACCGGUGAAGAUGGGGGACAGUUGAGAAGGCCACUGGAAUGGCUAGACUGAACAAAACGAGCAUUCAACUCAUCAGGGGAUGCUGGGAAAAUUGAAGGCACUUGGGGUGACUUACAAAGGAAGAGUUUCAGUAGAAGAUUCCACUUGGACCUGUGCACCUGGCACAUAUUUCUUUUCCUUAAAUCAUUGAUUAAGAGUUCCGUACAAUCAACAUAAGGUUGUGGUUUUUUGUAAACAUUUUUUUCCAUGUUACAAUUUUGUAUGCUAAAUAACUUUUCUGUAUAUAUAUAUAAAUCGUAUUGAAAUAGGAAGUUGUAGUGCUAUGUCACUUUCCCUACACUCUUGUUACAUGUACUGUACUGAAAAUAUGUAAAUAAACUUCAUUAUUCAUUC